AGAAUGACGACACUGACGCAAUGCAUCAAAGGAUCCCACCACUUGGUUCCGGAUACAAAAGUAAGGAGUUCUGGAUGGAAUUGUUGCUGGAUUUAAUCGUUCUAUGAAUUCAGAAAUCAUUGAAACUUGAGACCAAUACUAAAAGACACGUGCACCAUAUCUAAGCACCAUGGAAGGACCGAAUACUCAGAGAGGCCCCAAGAAGAUGAGCCACCCGCACAUGGCGGCCCCCAAGCACGAGUCGGGCUACACGGAUGAGGUGGCCGAGGAGUGCCACGACCUGAUCGACCAUGCUGAAGAAGACGCACAUCUACACGAGCCCGGCUCGAUGUACACAACCACGGACAAGCCCGAGCAUGUGCACAGAAUGAAGGCGGGCCUCGAGGGCAGCGGCACAAAAACCGGCAGCGGAGCCAGCGCAACGCAGAAAAUGGAGGAGAAGGGUAAGGACAUGAAGAGCACGAUUGGAGAAAAAAUGGAACAGAUGAAGGACAAGAUUCCCGGUAUGCAUAAGUAAACCGGGGACGGUGAACUGAUCGAGUCUCAGUCAAAGGGGGGAGAUACGAAAAGGAGAAGUCGGAUGACGUUUCUACCUUUGUUGCGGUCACAUCCGUAUCAUCAAUUGAUCUGUUCACAAACAAAUGGUCCGCGCCAUGUUUCAGGCAUG